AAAUCGAGUCUUCGGUUUUAUGCGAGUGAGGUAAGUAAAUUAUGGUAAUGUCUUUCGAUUUUAAAGCAUAUUUUAACUUGUUUUUGAAAUGGUAGCGGGACUAAACCCGUUUUACACAAUAUGAGCAUGACUGAUUUGAAAUGAAAUUAUUAUGUUUUCCAUUGAAUUGAGCAUGCCUACUUGAAGUUUAUUUAACUGCCCUAAUGAUCUAGAAAUGAUGUGUAAAGUAUGGUUUUUCUGUUAACUUUUGCCUGUUUUGUCUUCGAUGUGAUCAUGUUAUUAGUGACCCUGCUAGUGAGGGUUUAUAAACGCUAGCAUAUGUCGACAUGUUAUUGAUAGAACCGGUUCGUUUGAGUGACCCUGCUAGUGGGGGUUAUACACCAGCAAAUAGUGCGCUUGCCAAUGGGCGAAUACAUUGUUUUUCUUUGUCCACCAUUUCAAGAAGCGAAACUGAGGACGGGAAAACCACGGGAAGUGACGAGUUAGAAGGCUAGCCAUUUCGAGAUUGAUAUAGAUUGUAGAAAUAAAUCAUGCUUUUGUAAGAUAGAUUUUACCUUGAAUUUAUGAGAUCAAAACAGAUUUUGGUCAUUAGAUCAAUUACUUGGAUUUAAGUUAUUUUGGAUAUAGAAAUAAAUUAAGAUGUUUGAU